AUGCUCUGGAAAUCCCGAACCAAGACCGACCUCCUGCAGGACCGCGCGGACGGACUCAGCGGCUCUUCGCCGAGUGGGCGCCUCUCCCAGCUCUCCUCCCUGAACCAGGCCGCCUACUCCUCGGCUCCCCCGCUCUGCCACACUCCGGCCUCUGACUUCCAGCCUCCGUACUUCCCUCCCCCUUACCCCCAGUCCUCCCUGCCAUACUCCCAGAGCCAGGACUCAUAUUCCCACCUGUCAGACCCCUACACUUCCAUCAACUCCAUCCAUCAGCAUCAGCAAGUGGCAUGGCACUCGCAGAGGUCGCGCUCCGACGACGGGGGACUCCUUUCACAGUCGCACCGGGCUCUGAGCCUCGACCACCGGCGGGAGUAUGCAGCUGUCCCCCGGCUGCUGCACGGUCUCGGAGAAGGCGCUGCCGCCCUCGGGGACGGUCCUCUUGGGAUGCACAUGGGACAUCACGGCCUGGACGAUCUUCAGGGAAUGGAGGAAGGAUCAGCCCUGGGCAUCCUCGACCACUCUGUCAUUAAAAAAGUUCCCAUCCCGUCCAAGCUGAACGGGUCGUCCCUGUCCAUCCUGUCCCUGGGUAAGGACGGCCUGGGGAUGGGAGCCGUGUCCAACCCAGCCGAGGUGUUCUGUUCGGUCCCGGGUCGCCUCUCGCUGCUCAGCUCCACCUCCAAGUACAAGGUGACGGUCGGGGAGGUGCAGCGACGCCUCUCCCCGCCUGAGUGCCUCAACGCCUCUCUGCUGGGUGGAGUCCUCCGCAGGGCGAAGUCAAAGAAUGGUGGCCGCUGUCUGAGAGAGCGUCUGGAAAAGAUUGGCCUCAACCUGCCCGCCGGGCGACGCAAGGCAGCCAACGUCACUCUCCUAACAUCUCUAGUGGAGGGUGAGGCCGUCCAUCUGGCGAGGGACUUUGGUUAUGUGUGUGAGACAGAGUUUCCAGCCAGAGCCACAGCCGAGUAUCUGUGCAGGCAGAGCGAGCCGGACCAGCUCCCAACACGGCGCAGCAUGCUGCUCGCCACCAAGGAGAUCUGUAAGGAGUUUGUGGACAUGAUGUCCCAGGACCGCUCUCCACUGGGCGGCAGUCGACCCAACCCCUGCCUGGAACCCGGCGUCCAGGGGAGCCUCACCCACUUCAGCCUGCUCACCCACGGCUUCGGCACUCCCGCCAUCUGCGCAGCACUCUCCGCCUUCCAGAGCUACCUGAUGGAGGCCAUCAAAAUGCUGGACAAGGGAGAAGGUGGUGGUAAGGGCCACCACGAAAAGGAGAUGAAGCACCGCAAAUAG